CAUACUGGGCCCCAGACACUUCCUGUCUGUAUUUUUAAAUUCUGAGUCGGGGUGAGGGGCCAAAGGGCAAAGUUCAGGAACAAGCUCAGGAAGUCUGCUCCUUGUGUGAGGAGCAGAAAGCAGGAGGGGGGCGGGGGCGCAGGCAGGCAGGCCUGCUGGCCAAGUUCAGCAUCACUGCCCCAUGAGAAGCCUUGGGGUGCCACCCUGAGUCCUGCGGAUGUGCCUCCUGCUCUGUCUCAGCCCUCCUGCCAGCCUAGGCCACUUCUCAUGCAGCUCAGAGAAUCCACCCAGCCGUGCCCGCCUGUCCCCACGGGGGUCCCAGGUGCUGUCCUGCCCUGGGUGCAGGCAUUCUGUCGGCGCCUCCUGUUGGUUCCAUGAGGUGGCCGCCCCUAGUUGUAGAUGAGAAAGCCGGCAGGGCCACCCCUCAGCUGGGCUCUGACCGACCCCUCACCUGCCGCAUUCCUGUUGCAGCUUUUACGCAGGGCCAGGCAGAAGCAGCGCCUGGCAGAAGCAGAGCCACCGGACACAGCCAGGAUGCCACCCAGCAAAAAGCCCUGCUCAGGACCACCCGCCACCCUCAGCCCCCAGCGCAGCAUCUACUUCCUGAGCCCACGGGAACCCCCUGCCCGGCUGGGACCUGAGUUCUUUAACCAGCCUGCGGUUGCCCUAGCCCAGGCGUUUCUGGGGCAGGUCCUGGUGCGGCAGCUGGCUGACCACACGGAGCUCCGGGGUCGGAUUGUGGAGACUGAGGCAUACCUGGGCCCUGAUGACGAGGCGGCUCACUCGAGGGGCGGCCGGCAGACAGCCCGGAACCGCGGCAUGUUCAUGAAACCGGGCACCCUGUACGUGUACAUCAUCUACGGCAUGUACUUCUGCAUGAACGUGUCCAGCCAAGGGGACGGGGCGUGUGUCCUGCUGCGGGCCCUGGAGCCCCUGGAGGGCCUGGAGAGCAUGAGGCAGCUGCGGAGCUCCCUGGGCAAGGGCACCUCUGGGCGCACCCUCAAGGACCGCCAGCUCUGCAGUGGCCCCUCCAAGCUGUGCCAGGCCCUGGCCAUCGAUAAGAGCUUCGACCAGCGUGACCUGGCGACGGACGGGGCAGUGUGGAUGGAGCCCGGCCCCCCAGGGCCUGAACCCACCGUGGUGGCUGCAGCCCGGGUGGGCAUCGGUCAAGCGGGGGAGUGGACCCACAAGGCCCUGCGCUUCUACGUGCAGGGCAGCCCCUUUGUCAGCGUGGUGGACAGGGCGGCUGAGCGGGUGCAGCCCUGAACUGAGGCCCACCAGGUGGUUUUUACUUGUUUAGGCUACAAAUAAAUGCUCUUGUUCUAGA